UGGCGAGGAAGGGAUUUCUAAGCGCCUCAGUGGGCUCAUAAGGCUUCCGCCGGGCUUUGCAACCGAAGAGACGUACCUCGCUGCCUGGCACGACUAUCAGCGCAAGUACAAGGGCCAGCAGAAAUUUCUUCUGGAGAGACCUUUAUUCGCGAAGGAUGUUGCCAUGGCGUUGGCUCACAUGCCCGGAGCAAGGUCCCUGUGCAUGCAACACUCGGCCGCUUAUUCUAAAUUCUUCUCGGAAGAUUGGAAACUUUACGACAUUUGGUUUGAUAAAUUCUAGUCGAAUGUCUCCGCGAAGCGGACUCUGGGGGAAUUGUAGGCCGCUCUGCCGAUCGAGAUCAAGAAGGCUGGAGGGUCUUUGACUAGCCUCUCCAUCGACUAUAGCUUUCAUAGCUAUACCAUCGACUCGGACCCUCGGUGGUCUCGGCUCAUGACGCCUGCUGUCAACCAGCUCAAAUCGCUGCACGUCACCUCCCAACUGCGCGCAGGAGCUGACCAUGAAAGGCGUGGCAUCCACGGCCUUGUUGCUUCCCUCUUGGCCCCCCUUUUGGACACGGACAGUCUCGAGUCUGAGACCCUUGGCACCGCCUGCUUUACAUACGACAAGCGGCUCAGAAUCUAUAUGCAACUGGAUCCCCUCUGCUCGGCCCGAUGCUGGGCAAACGUGAAGGAGCUGCAUCUGCGCUCGAUGAAUUUCACGGCCGGCGACAUGAAGCGUCUGGUUGCGAACCUCCAAACACCGCUAAAUUCUUUCUCGAUGACCCGGAUGUCUCUUGACUUUGAUCCCGGCAGUAAUGAAUACUGCGACCAAUCGACCGACGCGUGGGCCGGCAUCUUGGAGAUUUUGCGAGGCGUCGCCGAUGAGGUCUCGAUCCGCGACAUGCGCGUGAACGGGGGCGUUGACGUAUGCUUGGAAAUCGAGCGGGUCAGGCGCCCGUUCUGCGCCAAGGUGCCCACGCACGACAUCAGCCGCUACUGCCGGGAGGAAAUCAGCUACAACCCCCUCUUGCGCGACGAUAAUCGAUGGGCGUCAUAUGGCCGAUGCGAGGAUGAAGCGUGUGUAUACAACAAAUAAUGACAUGCAUCCCGAAGACUUUGACCGGAAUCUUGGCGAUGCGGAGGAAAUACCACCGAUGAGGAGACCAUGUUGCUAGCAAGACGUGGAGGCUGGGGCUGCCGUGGGGAAUCAGUGAUUUGCUAUGGUGGCAAUUUUAUAGGUACUAUUGUAUGUAUGCAGGAACAGCCAGGGCAAAUUAGCCAAGCAGCGUCUUGAAGAAGCAACGUCAC